CAGCAGCAACAGUUAGUCAGCCACCUCGGUUGCUUGCUAGACAAAAUAGCCGAACCAAUAAAGCUCUUUAGACGCUUUCGUGUAUAUUAGCAACUGUGUUUUAAAACCCAUUACUGUCGUUAGUUAUCCGAUUUAAUUUGAUAUUUACGGUGUUGUUGUAAUUAAUCAGCUAGCGGGCUGGUUAAGUUAGCAUUAGCCUAGUUAGCUAACAUCUCCGACCAUGAGUUCACGAAGCUACUCUCCUCCUGCUAAAGAAGAGGUCUGCUGGACGGAGAAAGAAGCUCUCGUUAAAGAGGAGGAGGAAGAGGAGUCUGUUACGAUACAACAACAAGUAGAGGGUGAGGCUGUUACAGUGAAAGAAGAAGAGAAAGACAUUACAGUGAAAGAAGAGGAGGAUGAUACAGUAAAAGAAGAUGAAGAGCCGUUCAGAGUGAAAGAAGAGGAGGACGCGUUCAGAGUGAAAGAGGAAGAGGAGGAUGUUACAGUAAAAGAAGAGGAGAAAGAGGAGGAGAUGACUGUCACAUCGAAAAAGGAGCAGGAAGAAACCGGAUAUCUGGGCCUGGAUUCCCAAAGGCAUCUUAAGGCGUCCAAUGGUUCUAAUGAUGAACUUAGCCGUAAGAUGGUUUUGAAAAAACAGGCCCUGAUUAACACUAGAGAGAGAUGUGACUAUCAUGGAUCCUCUGGGGAGCCUCAACAACAUCAUGGUGCUGACGAGGCAGAGAAGAGUCUCUCCAGAUCAGAACACCUCAAGAAACAGCAGCGGAAACCCACAGGGAAGAAAUCUCAUCACUGCUCUGACUGUGGGAAGAGUUACUCAAGAUCAGAUUCACUAAAAGUACACCAGAGAAUUCACACUGGAGAGAAACCUUUUAGCUGUGAUCAAUGUGGGAAGAGUUUUACUGAAUCUAGACAGAUGACUAUACACCAGAGAAAACACACAGGAGAGAAACCUUACCUUUGCUCUUACUGUGGAAAGAGUUUUGUUUUCUCAGGUUAUUUAAAAGCACACCAGAGAACCCACACAGGAGUGAAAUCUUAUAGCUGUAAUCAAUGUGGGAAGUGUUUUUCUCACUCAAACACACUGAUAUCACACCUGAGAAGACACACUUCAGAGAGAUCUCACAGCUGCUCUGAUUGUGGGAAGAUAUGCACCUCUUCAGCAUCCCUUAAAAUACAUCAGAGAAUCCAUACAGGAGAGAAAUCUCAUAGCUGCUCUGACUGUGGGAAGUGUUUUUUUUUGUCAGCACAUUUAAAAUCACACCAGAGAACACACACAGGAGAGAAACCUUAUAGCUGUUAUCAAUGUGGGAAGAGUUUUAGUCAAUCAGGCAGCCUGAAAGUACAUCAUAGAAUCCAUACAGGAGAGAAACCUUAUAGCUGUGAUCAAUGUGGGAAGAGUUUUACUGAAUCUAGACAGCUGACUUUGCACCAGAGAAAACACACAGGAGAGAAACCUUACUAUUGCUCUGACUGUGGAAAGAGUUUUGUUUCAUCAGGACAUUUGAAAUUACACCAGAGAACACACACAGGAGAGAAACGUUAUGGCUGUGAUCAAUGUGACAAGAGAUACUCUGAUAAAAGAUCUCUGAUUAAACAUCAGAAAAUACAUACCUGAAGGAGUUGUUUCAUGAUAUCAAUGAAAUAAUGUCACAGUGGAGAAUGUUUUAACAUUUUAGUAGAAGUAGUAUUUUAAUGAAUAAUGUCACAAUGUAGAACCCUAAACAUUUUCACCCUGUUCUAUUGAUAUCAGUAUGAUAUGGAUAUUAGCCUCAUCAGGGGACAAAUCCAGGCUCUGAAAUGAAUGAGUACUAUUUAUAAUAUUUAUUUGAUAAACAAAAAGUGAUUAACAAAGUGUUGCGUUUCACUUACCGCAUUGGUGCCCCACUUGAAUCAAAAUGGAACACUUGUAAAUAUAGCUAGCUGUUUUCUAUAAAUUGUCUUCUAACCAGUGAUAUACCCAGAUUCUGUGUGGUUUUUAACCUCAUCUCGCGCAAUUGAUUUCAACGAGUGAUGACAAAUAAGUGUUGCGUUUCUCUUAGUUUUCAGGACCCCUACUUUUAAAUGCAUCACUGAAAUGUAACGUACUGUCUUCUGCAGGUGCUCGUAAAAAAAAAUACAAUUAAUAUGAUUACUGUUGUGGUAUGUUUGUCAUUUUACUACAUUUUAUGUUUAAAUUUUCUGCAUAUUGGUUAUUGAUUUGGACACGUUAAAACUGUGUUUUGACAUUGGGCUUUCCCACCUAGCAAAAUGUUGUUGAAAAUAAGACUCUGCCCGACGUCCAAUCUGCGUUUGUUUUGGUUGAAAGUCAAAGUUGAAAAUAUGUAUUUUUCUUGCAGCCUUGUCAUUCAGGCCAAAGAGUUCAAUCUUGGUUUCAUCAGACCAGAGAAUCUUGUUUCAUGUGAUGGAAAUUGUUAUGUUUGUGUUUUUCUAUUAACCAAUUUCUGUGUGCUAUUUAUAUGCUUUUCUAUAAAGUUUGAGUUUAUAUAUUCUUUCUCACAGAUGAAACUGAAGAAAUGCAGAAUAUGCUAAUAAUUGAAAAACAUAAAACAACGGGAGUAUUUUAAUGAUGUCACAAUGUAGAAUGUUUUAACAUUGUAGUGUGGCUUUCCUGUGGCUCAGUUGGUAGAGCAUGGUGUGUGCAACGCCAGGGUUGUGGGUUCAAUUCCCACGGGGGGCCAGUACAACAAAAAAAAAUGCAUGAAAUGAAAUGUAUGCACUCACUACUGUAAGUCGCUCUGGAUAAGAGCGUCUGCUAAAUGACUAAAAUGUAAAUGAUGUAAUGUAAAUGUAAAGUAUUUUAAUGAUAUCACAAUGUAGAAAACACUCAUUUAAAAUACAUAACACAAUCUGAUAGCAGUGACAUAAAUAGAAUAUUUAACAAUUGUAAACAUUACAGGACAUUUUUCACGAUCGAAAUUUAAAUAUUAAAAUGUGAUUUAAAAAAUACUUUUUGGGAGGACCAUGAGCUAGAGUUACUAUACAGUCUGAUAGCAGUGAGUAGAGUGGUGUUUCACAGGCAGUUCGUACAGACAGAUAUACAGGACAGAUAUACAAUCUGAUAGCAGUGGGUAGAGUGGUGUUUCACAGGCAGUUUGUACAGACAGAUAUACAGGACAGUAUUACAGGACAGUUAUACAGUCUGAUAGUAGUGGGUAGAGUGGAGUUUCACAGGUGGUUCGUACGGGCAGUUAUACAGGACAGUAAUACAGUCUGAUAGUAGUGGGUAGAGUGGAGUUUCACAGGUGGUUCGUACGGGCAGUUACACAGGACAGUUCGUGGCUGUUUCUCAGGAGCCUGGUGGUGCAGUUACCUCUUUUUGGAGGGAGCAGGUCAUUCAGUGGAUGGUCAAGAGUGUGCAUGUCCUUCACCAGGUGCACUGCAGUCUGCUCUAGCCUGCUCUGCAGUGAGGGGAGCUGUAGUUGGACUGCUCCACCUCUGGAGAUGAUCCUCAAGGCCCUCCUCUGCAGCCUGCCUAGUUGGACCUGCUGCUUUUCACUGCAUCCAACUAACAGCACUCCACUGUAUUCCAGACAAGGCCUGACCAGUGUAGUAUAGACUGUGACCAGAUCUUCAGUGGGUAGGCAAUUUCGGGCAAGAACAGUCAAAAAGUGCAGGUGUUUUGAGGCCUUCCUGAGUGACUGCUCCACGUGUGUCACCACUGAGGUUAGAGUCUAGAUGAAAACCAAGAUACUUAGUUGUUGUUACCACUGGUAUUUCCUGUCCUCCUAGGAUUAGUGGUGCAGGUUAUGGAUGGUCUCUAGAAAAACAUCUGAAUUUCCACAGACUUUUUCCCCAUUCAGGACCAUGUUGUUGGAUGUGGCCCACUCUUCCAGCUGCGUUACCUCCAAGCCCAUGGAAAUGUCCUCUUUUGAUGCUGGUUAUGGUAUGGCUCGGGACAGCCCUGCGUCGUCUGCAUACCCAGUGUCCAGAGUGUCACUGAAGACAACUUUUUGGGUGGACAUGUGAAGGAGAAACAGAUAUUGUGGCACACCAGAGGUGACCAAUUAACCAAUUUCUGGUGACCAAUAAACCAAUUUCUGUGUUCAUGCAAGUGACUGAUUGAACAAAUCCUCACUAUCAGUAUAUUCAAUUUGGCAGUACGCCCAGACCCUUGUUUUGAGAACGAACGAUAUCUCAGUUUCAAGGUCUCAGAUUAGAGAGAAGAAGCCUUGUGAGGUAUUGAUCUGUCACAUGCAUAAACCAGUAUUGGUUGGUCAGAUGAAUGAAGCAAACGUUAAUCAAUUAUGAAUAAGCUAAAUCAUACAAAUAUAACUUGUCUGCAGUAUAUAAGAGAACUAACAGGACUGCUCCUGUAGAGCUCCUGAUAGACAUGUACUAUGGUGCAUUGAGUUGGUUGGAACCUCUCCAGCAAGCUGACAAUAAAGAAUGAUUAAUUAA